AUGAAGAACACAGACAUUGAUGGAAAAUUAUAUGCCAACGUAAGAGCCUUCAAGUCCAGUACAAGAGAUGGAGUUGUUGCUUCAGCACAUGUUCAGUGGUGGAAGAGACCCUCUGGAGUUGCUGCAGUGUUUCUGGGGCUGCUGUGUGUUCUCCUACUGGCUGGGAUCAUAGGCCUGUCUGUCUACUAUGGAGUCACUGAUCAUCACAACUCAGCACAGAUAGACCAGCUUCAGACCAGUUACAACAGCCUGACUAAAGAGAGAGACCAGCUUCAGACAAGUUACAACACCCUGACUAAAGAGAGAGACCAGCUUCAGACCAGUUACAACACCCUGACUAAAGAGAGAGACCAGCUACAUUCUGACAGAGUUUUUCUUAGCGGGAGGCUUACCAAUCUCAAACAAACCUGUCCUGAAGGCUGGCAGAAGUUUGAAUCCAGUUGGUACUUCCUGUCCACUGAGACUAAAACCUGGAAUGAGAGCAGAAAGGACUGUCUGGAGAGAGGAGCAGACCUGGUGAUCACAAACAGUGACAAGGAACAGGAGUUUCUCUUCAACCUCAACAAGGGAGUCUGGAUUGGUCUGACUGACUCUGUUACUGAGGGGACCUGGAGAUGGGUGGACAGCACCCCACUGACAAACCCAAGGUACUGGCGUAAACCACAGCCUGAUAAUGGUGCUGGCAGACUAGAAUAUGGUGAGGAGGACUGUGUUGAGAUACGUAAAGAUCAGUGUCCUCUGGAGUCAUGGAAUGACUUGUCAUGUUCAACAUGA